AUGGAAAAGAAUGACAAAGAAUGUUACUUCGCUAGGACCGGCGCCUGGCAGGACGUCAGUCAUUAUGUAAUUUCCAGUUUUUUUAAAUCCUGCGAAGACACCAACUGCAAUGAAUUUGCUGCGGGCGACUGUGCCCGGAGCGGACAGAGCACCUUUGCCGGUUCUUUCAGGAGCGGCAGCACCUGCUGCUCCAGGGCCGUGCCCACCUCGGGGCGCAUCGGUAUCCAGGCGCUGCGGGCCCCGCGUACCCCCAGCUCCCGCCCCACCUGUGCCCCGCCCGCCGCGGGCAGAUUUGGAGCGGGAACGUGGCGCCGGCCUCGGAGGCCUAAGGAGCCCCCGGGUAGAUGCCGAGCGGACCCCGCAGCCUCAGGGACGUGGGCCCGGCCCCGGCCCCGCAGCCGGGCGGGGUCCCAGCGCGCCGGGACGGAAAGAGCGGUCAUCCAGGGCCUCGCUGCCCCCUACUCCACACAGCAACCCGCCCUCAUCCCGCUGACUGCGGCUCACGGAGCCGAAGGCUGCGGGUCGGGCUCGGGUGGGCGGACCCGGAGAAAACUCGCAGGUCCCGGCGGGCGACGGGGCGGGACCAGAGGCGGGGAGAAGCCGCUACUGGCCCGGAAGCCACGCGCCGGAAGUGACGCGUCUGAAGUCCGCCGCGGCUCCUAG